AUGAUCCCGGCGAGUGGGAUAUUUAUGAAUAUGUAUAACCAGUGUCACUAUUAUCCACGUAUUGCCUUUGACAAGUGUAGCAGCGCGACUGUUUGGCAGGAUCGCCUCACCGGCGGCCGUCUUGUAAAGCCGUCGCGGUUUCUUCGAAAAGCUUCCAGCAUCUGUGCGUCUGGUGUGGGCAAUGGCGACGACACAGCGGGCAUCAAGACGCUCCCUCCAGCAUCGCGGUAA